CUGUUGAUGUGAGUUGCUGAUGUGUGUAGGUGAUUUGUGAAGCUGAUGUUGGACUGUGUGCGAGACAGAGUGGUAAUCUUAUCCCAAGUGAUCUCAAUGCGACCCUUGGUUGACAUUACUAGUCAGUCGUUAUCGUAUGUCACUGACCAGACCAAAGGUUUCCUGCUGAGGGCCCAAACUAAACUGCUAAUAGGACGCCCUUGUACCCGUUCUCUGUCUUCAUGGUAUAAAGUACGGCCGUCGGUGUACCAUUCACCCCGACAGGUGUCUUCCACUCACUGUGAACAAUGUGUUUAUCUACAACGGCGAGGUGAAAUGGAUACGCGCUGUACAGAAUGGAAAGUUCCUGCACAACCUUUAAAGUCAUCGGAGUGAAAUGUAAGCAUUACAACCGACGGCUGGAACCUACUUAGAUAUUUAGAUGGAUCAGAUGAUGACGGCAGAACCGGACGAGAGUUUGGCCGAGGACCCUCUGAUGGUCCUCAGUCAGGACGUCCUCGUGGUCCUCAUAUUGAUGGGAAUAACUGCUCUAGUUGGACUAAUCGGUAACCUGAUUUUUGUCCGGGCACUGUGCAUGUACCGGAACCUUCGCGUCGACGUCUUUGUGAUCAUGGGGGGCCUAGCUGUAGCGGACAUGCUUCAUCUGGUUAUCGCCGUGCCUUCGCAUAUGAUGGAUAUACUGCGUGUCCUGGGCGUCAUGUCAACAUCAUGGUGCAAAUGCAGCCGCUACCUCAUGAACGGUACUUCCUACAUAGCAGCAUACCAUCUGGUUGUCAUGACAGUUCUUAGAGGCAUCCUGCUGACAAACAGAGGUCACUCCUCGCCAACUGGACGCCAUGCAUUGUACUGCAGUAUCGUGGUGUGGGUGGUUGGAGCCUUGGCGACAGUUCCAGUUAUUCAAGUGUGGGUACAUGAGGACGACGCAUGUCUGUACACGCAAGACGCCGAUAUCGAUAAGGAGGUCUGGCUGACGAGCUCCUUCUCAUGUUUUGUUCCCAUUACAAUGAUGCUGUUGAUAUACGCUACCACGUACUACAUUGGGAAGCGCUACUUCGCAGAUAGUUAUUCUCGGCAUGAAAAACAGAUGUCCCGAUUGGUGUCAGCGGUGGUGCUGAGCUUCGUCAUCUGUGAACUCCCCCAUCACGUUACCACCCUCGUCUACAACAACGCGUACGACCACCCUGACCACGACUACAUCAAGAACCUUUCAGUCAUCAAUGACUAUUUCUUGUGUCUCCUGCUAGUGGAUAAAGCCAUCCGGCCAGUGCUGUACUCUAAGCUGUCGACGGACCUUGGUGACUGUUUCGACGAGGUCAUCAACUGCACCUACUGCCACAGAUACUACUCCGACGGCCCACGACGACAAAAGUCUGACAAAUCUGCUGCCUCUACUGCCCCACUCACAACAGAACAGCCAGCGGACGUAUCGUGUGAAGAAGUCGUUUAAGAAGGCGUAAGGGAAUCGAGUUGUUACUGUCACGUCACAGACACGUCCAAACGCUGGCUACGUUCUUUAAGAUGGUACAUUCAACUCCGAUAUAACGAAUCCGGAUAACACGAACCAGUUUUAAUCCAAAGGAUGGACGUCAAUGGUGUUGUCAUGCCAUUUACGAUCUUCGGUUAUUACCAACUAAAUUGGAGGAUACAUGGAUUCCGUUAUUCCUGGAGUUGAUUGGUCAUUUGGUUGUAUUAUGCUCGACGUGGCAGCUUUUGACAUGCGCAGAUGUUGACCUGCGCAGCUAUUGACAUGGGCAGCUCUUGCAUAAGACUGAUACUAACUUCAAACCAUCCGUAUUUACGGGACCCAUUGUCUGUAUUCUAUAUGCGGCGAUAGCUUAUAAUAGUCCAAUUAACUCCUGAUCCCAACUACCAAAUGGACGAAUAUGUUAACUAUGAUCCAAGCCUUCAAGUGUUUUAUUAAGCUUGAGUGUGAGUGCUAGCUUUACCUAUCAUAUGGCAAACAUUGUGUGAACUGAAACCCGGUUGAGAUUCAUGAGCAGAAAGCUUCUAUAUAGAACUAUGAAAAACUAGCUCUCGUGUCAUGACUUUGUGCUCUAUGUUCGUAUAUGUGCGUAUUCGUGUAUUACUACAGUACUUCCAGUUUAUAUAUCCUGAAAUUUGCCAGUGAUUGACGUGUCCGGCAUCUCUACAUGUGUUCUGCAAGAAGGGCGUUAUCGUGACGUCAUUUGCCUGUGACGUCAUUGCGUAUUCUACAGGGAAGUUAUUUCACAGGUGCUGUAGUGUAUUAAAGUGGGCAUGUUUUCCCCUCUUCCGCAGUGACAAUAUCACGGACAGUAUUGCAUAAUUAAUUCAUUCAAUAUUAUUAUGAUCAUGGUUAUUAUUCAGUGUUUUCAGUCUCUAGAGGCUAUAUGUCCUCAACCUUUACCUCAAGUGAUUGUGGUAAGAAUAUUACAGUGUCAGAAAUUAAUUGUUUUUGUUCGGGUAGGCUAUGUGCAUGUAUCCGUAUGUGUAUUCGGACAGGUUCUCUUGGAUAAGCCUUGAAUCUAAGGCUCCAUAAGUCUUUAUGCAACAAUAAGAUGUCAUUAUGUGCCUUUUAUCAGAAUUAGAAAAUUCAUAUCAGGGAAUUUUUUUUACGAUAAUUAAGAUUAGCGCUCUGAUUAACAAUGAGUAAAUUAAUGAAUGGCCAAUGCUGUUACACAACAACUGUCCAUAAUGGACAGUAUUUCACUUGCCAAUUGCCUCAUAUCACAUUUCUGUUGGUUUGUGUUUGUCAUUUAAGUAACAACUUAUUGUGUCACCUUAUUUUUGCUGAACCAAAAGAUUUGAUAACAUACAACUCAACUUUUGAUAGGGAUAUUUGUAUGUUACCAUGACAUACAAAACUGAUUCUCAUAAUAUGUCGAGUGUAUAUUUAUAUAGAAUGACAUAUCCGAGUGUCCCUAUCAAAAGUCUAAUACUGUAUAAUACUACCGUUCCCGGACUGCAACCUUAUUCCUCGUGGAAGUGUGGAGGGGGGCACUGCAACACCUCACUUGUGUUGUCUGUGUACUGGUCAGGUGGUCAAUUGGUUAAAAUGUUUGCCAACGACCGGCGUUCGAUUCUCACACAUCAAUGUGUGAAGUCCUUCUCUGGGGGUAUUUGUGUUUCAACGGGUAAUCAAGGCCCGUAAGCUCUGAAAACAAAUAUAAUAAAAUGUGAAAACUGCCACCCAAUCUAUUUUCAGAGCUAAAUGUAUGGUAAUAGAGAAUUUGUAAAGGAUUAGAUUCCUUCAGACGUUUUACUCAAUCGUCUACAUCAGCAGUUUACUGUAUGCUAUAUUUCUUUAAGACCCGUUUCAGUGCGUGACACGCAUCAUUAUUGUGAUACCCACGUGUUUGCAACGUGUGUUUUGCCACCCCCAAUAACCUGGUUACCUCUGUGUGAUGCGUCCAAGCCCUCUGGAUGUUUUACUGUUAUACAAUAAUAAUUCAUCAGCGUCACGAAGUCUUAAAAUGUUCCAUUCACAGACUCUGCGAAUCCCAUAUUUACAGAGACAAUAUCAUGAAGAAUUAUUUUCCGUUUUUAAACAUUAAAUUAUUUUCUUUGUUCACGGCUUUGCACAACGGAAUGAUGCAUAAUUAACAUAGUGUAAGGGGUUGCAUCAAUGAAGUAUGGUAUUAAAUGAAAACUAUUAUUAAGGUGUUGAGCCAUAAAUUGAAAAGGUUAAUUCAUUCUCAACAUACCCAUUGUACACAACUAUUGUCUUGCAGCAACAUCAUCGCGGUACCACGGACAUGGCAGGAUACCUUGUACCGUAAACCUACAAACAUUAGUUUCAUAUGGUAGUGUAACGUAAAACCACGUUUAUGUCAAUAGUCGUUAUUAGUUUUAUCGUACUUGGAACCUCCGUGUGUCGUAAGCUCAAAAUCGCAGGCGCCAAAAAUAAUGUAUGUCUGGUUCAUUAAAGGAUCGACUAAGGAGGUUUCCACUGUAUUCUGAAAAGAUGCAUACCCAAACCGAUGGGCUGCAGAUCCAAUGCAAUACAAACAUCAAUUUGUCUAUCAUAUAAGUGAGUGAGUGAGUUAAUAUUUAACGUCACAUCGGCAAUAUUGCAACCAUAUCGUGACUAUCUAUCAUAUAAAGCUUCAAAUGAUACACUAAUGAAACAUACAUUAGGGCUGGCUAUUUGAUGUUCUGUAGGUAGGGGAGGGCAGGAGCAGCUAUUUUUCCGAAAAUGAUGGAAGCGAAUUCCAAGUGGUAUCGAGACAUAUUGCUUGUGGUCCCAAGUAAUGUGUCUUGCUCUUCCAUUCAGAGAAACAAAUCGUUUGUUUUGAAGAAAUGACUGAGAUAAGUAUUGUUCUGCAUAAAAAUCCCAGGUCACCCUCCCCGAUCAACCACCAUCCCCCUAACAUACCCCCCCCCCCCCCCCC